UUUAACGAGUGAUGGGUGUAACGCGUUAUGUUUACAACGCGUGGAACAUUGACCGGCGGCGGUGUUCCGUGGGAGUUCAACGCGUGAUGAACUCUGAUAACGGACCCGCCCCGAGUGGCCUAAGUAAACACAUACAUAUAUACCAAUGAUUACAAGGAAAAUCAUUGGUAUGCCUAAAAUAAGUGACACUAAUAAAACAAAAUUGUGGCAACUUAUUCUUCAAUAACAUGUUCACAAAUUAUUUUUUAGAACCACUUGAUUCUCGUCUUCACGGGUCUUCGUCAACUUCCUUUUGGAAUCAUCAUUAAACCAAUAAUUAUUUCAUUCGAACCAGUGAUCCUUCUUCACUUGCUUCAGUGGAAUCCACUCUAUUCAUCAUCAUCCUUCUUUCUGCUCUCUCUUUUGUUUCCUCUCAAUCACAAUAUGUGUUACCAGACCACUACUUCAUUAACUGUGGAUCAAACUCUGAUAUCAACUUCACCGGGAAGACAUUCAUCCGAGAUGAAAACCCCGCUACCUUUUCAGUUUCUGGUGGCCGCAAGGCCAUGCAUAAAAACUCCACAUCCAAUACAUCAGAAAUCUACAAAACAGCUAGAGUUUUCACUCAGAAAUCAUGGUACGAACUCAAAGCAGAUGCAAGCAACAGUUUCAUGAUCGUACGCCUUCAUUUUUCCCCAUUCUUUUCUGAUGGAUCCAAGUUCGACGUGUCAGUUUCUGGGUUCACCCUGUUAUCCAAUUUUAGUGUAGAAGAAAAAGAAUCGAUUGUAAUCAGAGAACUUAUAAUCCGAAUUCGAUCUCAUGGACGGUUUACAAUUGAAUUCACACCCUCCAGUGGCUCAUCUUCUGCUUUUGUAAACGCCAUUGAAGCUUUCACAGCACCAUCUGGACCUUUCAUGCAGGUCGCUCCUUCACCUCAUAUAUCACCCGCCGGAUAUAUUGGUGAAAUGGAUAACAUAUCAUCAUCUUAUGCCUUCAGCCCAAUAUAUAGAGUUAACAUUGGUGUCCGAAGCAUUGAUCGUGACACUUUAAGAAGAAAAUGGACACCAGAUGAUCCCUUCAUCUUCAAAAGUGAUCCAGCAAAAAAUGUAACAUUAUCAGGCACGUUUAAUCAUAACGAAUUUUGGGCAACCAAAUACGAUGCUCCUGCUGAUGUAUACAAAACAGCCAAAGAAUUGACCACUAAUUCGUCGGUGAAUAAUAUUACAUGGAAUUUUGGAGUUAAGAAGAACGCCAUGUACCUUGUUCGAGCUCAUUUCUGUGACAUUAUAAGCCCAGGCCAAGACCCUCCUAUUGGCUCCUUCAACUUCUUCAUUUAUGGCCAAUAUAAUAAGGAGAUUAAUCCAGGUGAAAAGGUUAAAGCGCCACAAAUUCCCUUUUAUUAUGAUUUUGUGGUGGAUUCUGUUGAGUCUGGGUUUGUGAAUGUUAGUAUUGGAGCCAUUCCUGCUUCCAAACAACCAGUGUUAUUGAACGGGCUCGAGAUCAUGGAGUUGUUGAAGAACUUGGGUAUAGUUGGUAUUCCGAAGAUUUCGGGUGUAGAUGAUAUUCAGAACAAUGGGAAGAAAGUGGUUGGAUGUGCUGUUGGAGUUGUAGUGUUGGUUUUGUUGAUAGGUUUCUUCAUCUGGUUGAAGUAUCAAAAAAGGAAGCCCGUGGUAGAGACGAAAAGAGAUACUAACACGGUACCAUCAGACGAUUGGAGUUCAUGCAUGACCAAAAAUACAGAACUUAUCAUUGACCACCCACCACAAAUUCUUAAUUUGAAUCUCAAGUUCCAGUUUGCGGAUAUUUUGCAAGCGACCAAUAGCUUUGAUGAGAGUUUAGUGAUUGGAAAAGGCGGAUUCGGGAAGGUCUAUAAGGGAGCUCUUAUAGAUGGAAAGACAGUUGCAGUGAAACGAUGCGAGAAAGGACAAGGGCAGGGUCGGCCAGAAUUCGUGAAAGAAAUUAUGGUCUUGACGAAAAUACGACACCAACAUCUAGUUACUUUAAUAGGGUAUUGUGACGAAAAAUCCGAGAUGAUACUCGUGUACGAAUAUAUGGAAAAGGGUACUCUUCAAGAUCAUUUAUGCAACACUGACAAAGACAUCGAGAAGCUAUCGUGGAGUCAAAGACUCGAGAUCUGCAUUGGCGCAACCCGGGGAUUACAUUACCUUCACACAGGUUUGGAACCAGGGAUUAUUCAUGGUGAUGUUAAGUCAACAAACAUCUUGCUUAACGAAAAUUAUACAGCAAAAGUGGGUGAUUUUGGGAUAUCUCGGUGGGAUAACGACGAGGAAAGCGAGAUGGAUAUCAAAGGGAGUUUCGGGUAUUUGGAUCCCGAGUACGUAAGUUGCCUGAAACUGACUCAAAAGUCAGAUGUUUAUUCUUUCGGGGUCGUUUUACUCGAAGUCCUAUGCGCUAGGCCCGCACUUGAUAACACGCUUCCUUUUAAGGAAGCAAAUUUGGCGGACUGGGCGAUGAACCAUAUAAAGGAUGGGAUGGUGGAGAAGAUAGUUGACCCAUAUCUUGUAGACAAGAUAAACCCGAAUUCGUUAACAAAGUAUUGGGAAACAGUUGACAAAUGUUUGAAGAACACUGGAGACGAGAGACCGAGCAUAUAUGAUGUGUUGUGGGAUUUAGAAUACGCGUUGAAGUUUCAACAAAUGGUGGUGGAUAAAAAGGCAUAUGAAGAUAGCACCAUGAAGACGUCCUUGUUGUUGUCCAAGUCAAUGAUUAAUCGCUUGCCUUCUAAAUAUAACAAUGAUGAUUCUCAAGUAAAGGAGAACUCGGUCUCAAGUUACCCGAGUGAAAGCCAAGUGUUUUCGCAGUUGAAGAUUGGUGAAGCUCCACAGUAAAUAUGAUGGCUUUAUAUCUGUUAACACUAUUUCAUUAUAAAAUAAGCAUUGUUUAUCCUAA